AGCAACACAUAAAAAUCUCACUCCGCCUCUCCAGUCUCCUCUGAGCUCUUCAAAUCCGAUCGGACUCUUCCUGACCAUGUCGAGCCACCGGAACCUUCAGGGAAACAGCUCCAAUAGGCAAGCCGGAGGAAGCAAGGGGUUCGCCAAAUCCCAAAAGGUCUUCGUCCCCAAAAUCCAAGACCAGAAUCGUCCGAGAAGCCCUAAAUCCCCGAACCCCACGCUCUCCUCCUCCCUCCGGCAAUCGCUAUCUCAGCCGUCCAAUGCCGCUGCUGCUCCCGCGCCGUCGGCGACGAGUAGUAGCAGUAGUAGAGUUCGGAUGGGAGAGAAAGGCGAGUGGGUGUCGACCAAGGGCAAUUUCGUCAAUUACUUGCCCCAGGAUGAGGCUGUCGCCGCUGGCCUCGGCGCCGACGAAGGCGGAUUGGACGCCUUGGAGUCUCAGAGAGUCGUCGAUCUUCUCAAUAGAGAGCUUUCUCGAUUGCUCAAGCUAAACCCUAAGGAGUUUUGGCGGCAAGUGGCUAGUGAUACUUCCCUGCAUGAGUUUUUGGAGAGCUUCCUGCAGUUUCGUAGCAGGUGGUAUGAUUUCCCUCAUCGCGGAGCCAAGGACACGGUGGCAGGGGUCAUUGUAGGGGAGUUAGAACUGAGCCGCCGUGUUUUUAUGGUAUUGUAUCGAAUAUCUUCUAACAGGGAUCCCGGUGCUCGGGCUGCUGAUAGUCUCAGUACGAAAGACCAUGCAGCUCUUUUGCAGGAUAAGAAGCUGCUUGACUUGCCUAAGUUGCUAGACAUAUGUGCUAUAUAUAGUCAUGAGAAUGAAGAUUUGACGGGAGUGUUGGUUGGAAAUGCAGUGAAAGCCCAUCCUACGAUAUUUGACAAUUUGACUGCCUUGGCAUCACAUUUCCUAAGCAUUGUACAAACAAUGUAUCAACGCAGCAGCACGGCAUUAGAGGCCCUUUUUCUCUCUGGAAAUCCUGAAGAACACGGAUCUAGCCGUCUGCUUGCUGAUUUACUGGAGGUUAUGGACUUCAUUAACGAUGCAAUUGUAUCCAUGGAUGCUUUCUUAACUGCAUACAAACCAUCCGCAAUAUUCUUCUUGUGCCCUGUUGAAAAAAGUUAUGGGAGCGAGGAAUUACUGAGCACUCUAACAAGGUUGCAUGAUUCAUUACUUCCAUCUUUGCAGCGUGGGUUUCAAAUAAUUUUAGCAGCUGGAGAAGAUAAAAUGGUGUCAAAUGUUGCCAUUAGUUUGAAGAUGCUAUCUUUUAGAAUUGUCAAGUUUGGAUGGAAACUAUUGGACUCAUGCUAUCUAAGUGAUGAGGUCUUCAAAGAAAAUAUCCCCAUUCCUGCUGCCGCAGAGAUGUUCCCAGCUAAACUAGAGGAUCCUGUUAUUAGAGCAGACAUUUUGGUUCAAAUGUUGAGAGAGAUUAAUGGAAUUUCAGUAGGCGCUAGAGAAAACCAGACUAGGGAAACAUUUCUUCAAAAUGUCGAGAAGAACUUCAAUAUGAUUGGCAGAGUGGAGAAUUUACAAAAUCAUGGAUGGCUAAUCAUGGAUGAUGAGCAGUUGGGGUAUCUAUCAGGAAUACUGAUGUGUUCUCAGAAGGUCAUUGGUAAGCCGCACACCAAUGCGACGAGCACUUUAACAAACAACAAGGUAGCCGUGGAUGAAGAUUUUGCAAUUAAGGAGUCGAAGAUUAGUCAAGUGAAGGACCUCUUCCCUGAAUAUGGAAAAGGGUUCUUAGCUGCUUGUCUUGAAGCGUACAACCAGAAUCCUGAGGAGGUGAUUCAAAGGAUUCUUGAAGGAACUCUUCAUGAAGACCUGAGGUCCUUGGAUACUAAAUUAGAGACGAUGCCAAAACCCAGGAGUGCUACUGUUUGUAGGAAUGAUAAAGGAAAAGGAAUACUAGUUGAACCUACAGCAUCCACCAAUACUAAUACGGUGGUUGCCAGUAGGGUUCAACAAAAUGGAGUUCCUUCAGUUUCAUCUUCAUCUUCACAGGGAAGAUUUGUUAGGAAAUCUAAAGCUGACUUGCCUGUUUCUGACACACUUGAUGACAAAAACGAAAAGUAUUCAGCCAAGACUGCUGCUCUUAUUUCACAAUUCGAGUAUGAGGAUGAGUAUGAUGACUCUUUUGAUGAUCUAGGACUGAGUGUUGGAGAUUCAGGAGUAGGGGAAACCGAGUCAUAUGGUGAAAAAAGCAGUUCAAACAUGGGGAAACCUUGGGAGACACGAACUGAAGGUUCAUCUCAGAAUACUAGUUCAAAAUGGGGUUCCAGACAGAAUCCCCAAUAUUAUGUCAAAGAUGGCAAGAAUUAUAGUUACAAAGUAGCAGGUUCAGUUGCAGUUGCAAAUAUGGGUGAGGCAUCGUUAAUUACACAAGCACAACAAGAAUUGAUUCAUGGUCUUGGUCGUGGUGGCAAUCUUCCUCUUGGUGCAGUUAAAAAGCUGACGGAGUACUCUGAGCAGCAAGGUAGUCACUUGGAUACAUCUCAAUCUGAAGGGAGAGGGAAAUCCAGGAGCUGGGGAAGAGGAGGAGGAGGAGGAGAAAGAAGAAGUGAGGAGCAAGAUAAGCACUCUGAUAAUUCUCAGAGAGAAGGGAGAGGGAGAGGGUACGUUGGGAAUUCCAGGGGACAGGGAAGAGGAAGAGGGGGAAGAAGUCGAGGGCACUCAGGUGAAGAGCAAGAUAAUAAACAAACUAGUGUUUCUGAAGUAGAAGGAACUGAAAAUGCAGUGAAUCAAAGGGGAAGAGGGAGGAGAGGUGGGGGAGGAGGAAGGAGUAAUCAUUACAGGAAGGACCAGGCCAUGAAAAAACACUUUUCUGGGUUGGGCGGUCUUUAGAUAUGUAGAGCAACUCCAGUAAUAGCACGAAACCUUCAUGGCGGCGCAUCUAGGUUGGUGUUUCUCGACCUUUAUACUGAGAUUAUACGUCUUGCAAGGUAAUACAGCCAAAAUUGCGAAACCCACGACUAGAUAAUACACGAAGGAUAUUAUGAUAUCAAUGUUUCCAAAGUUGCACAAAAAAAGCUGCUGCAUCAAUAGGUUUUGCUUUCAUUUGGUCAGUUUGAAGUAGUUUAAGUUUGUACCGCUAGAGCUUGAAACAGUUUCACAUUUUAUUUCUUUUUGAAAGAGUUGCUUUCAGCUAGGUUUCGUGUCUUUGCUGUUCAUUUGGGCUUCUUCGGCUUUGAUCCCUGCUGUUUUUUCGUUCUCAAGCAGCUCUAAACAUGUGCUUUAAAGCAGAAGAUUUUGAAAAAGAUGAGCAGAACUUCAAGAAGAAUCAGAAUGGUACUUUAUGCAAAGUUGGUAUCCAAAUUGCGAUUCGACUCUUGCAGCUCAAGUCUACACAGAAACAGUUCGCAGGGUAUAUUUCGCAUUGUGAAAAUUGCUGGUGUUUGUAUUCCUACUUGGUGCUUGGGGCUCUGAUUCUUUUGAUCCAGUGGUGUUUGCUAUGGUUAUGUUCCUCUCCUUUGUAAACCAGAAAUGAAAAAAUAUAACCAAAUUUAAAUUGUUUC